ACCUCCAUAAGCGCAACUAACUUAGCAAUUUAAAUAUGCAUUUGUAAUUGCUUGUUUUUUAUUUUAAAUUUUUGUUUUAAUACGAACUUCUGUUUCAAUUAAUUUGAAAUAUCCAGAUCGUAUAAUGUAUGAAAUUAAUAAAUAUAUUUAUUUCAAGUUGUUAUUGAGUAGGCAUUACAUAAGUUAAUUGUGCUGUACUGUUAUCACUCUAUAUGCCUUUUUAACGAUGCAAAUUUUGACGUAUUGUUUUAUUAUGUUAAAAAUAAAACAAAUAUGCUCGCAAAAUAAUUAAAAUAUUCAUUUUAAUGUAGUAGAAAGCGUAGUUAUGAUUUUUUAUUUUAUUUUAUAGCUGCGUAUAGGCACACCAGUCGUUUUCAUCAUCGUUCUUACCACCAAUCAUGAGUUUCGCACAAUGAUAAAAAUUUGCGUUCAUUUUAUUUAAACAGUUAAUAAACAACAACAUUUUUUUAAAGUUAUUUUACAUUGUCGAGUUACAUUUUUAAUUAUUUGCAAGGACGAGUUAUAACAAAAUUGAUGAAACUUAUAAUUGACCGUUGAUUUAUACAAUAUUAACUUUUCAAAAUUUAAACUCAUUAAAUUUUCACUUUCUCAAAGACUAAUAAUCGUUGACAACAUCUGAAAAACAUUUAAAAUGAUUUUUAAAAGUGUAAUUCACAAUUUUAAUUAGCUAAUUAGUUUUAACAAUUAACCCUACUAUCGCAGAGAACCGCUAUUCCCGUAUGGUCAUUUUAUUUCUUUCAUGAUUCAGAGGAUGAUAAAGGAGGGAGGGAGGGAAAAAAAAUUUUAAAACUCGAAAAUAAGUGAAACGAAAAAUAUGCACGAAUUUGUAUUUAAAUGGAAAGGGAAUGGGCAAGGGCUUACGAAAAUGAAACUGAUCGAUAGGGGGGUGUGAGCGAGGGUGUUGUGAAUGUAGAGUGGGAAGGAAGCAAAAAUACCGUUACUAUGGCAGUGGUUGUAACAGUGAGUGCGUUUGCCACGUGGGUUUAUAGUCGAGGCAGUUGUAGUAAGUGGCGGAGAAGCAGUAAAGGAGCGGACGGUGAGAGAAAAAAAAUCCAUCAUUGGCUCAACCCUUUAACACCAGCAGGCAGUAGCGUCGGACAAAAGGGCCUUCUCCAUCCCCUUGUCCCUCCCUCCCUGUGCGGAGAGCGGUGGCUACCAGAGAAUUCAUCUCUACAUCCACACACACACUCUCAGCAGCCUCUUUUGAAUGCACGACGCCGGCUGAAAGCGGACGAAUGCUGAGUUCUCCCUCUCGCCAUGACAGCACUACUCCCGAAUUUCCUACUCAUCUUGCGUUUCUUAGUACGUCCACGGCUAUGGAAAGAACUAGUAUUGCAUGUGCCACGCCUGUUAUAUCAUUACAAAAAUUGAAGAACUUCCUGAGACAACCCACCAACUUCCUAACUCAACCCCGAUUCAGGUUUCCUCAUCAUGGCCCUGGCGGCAGCCUGGAGGAAGGUCGAGGAGGUGGAGGAAUGGACUCCUCGCAAAUGCACAGUCUCUAUGGUACCCACGGAAAUAGGGCGAACAGUACCAGUAGUGGGAGCCCACCAGUGUCCACCCCAAGCUCCAGCGGAUCUAUGCUAGUGGUGCCUCAACCCAUUAGCGCCGCUACCAAGGGUCCUGGAGCACCAUCAGGGGUGGCCACCAAUGGCACUGGCAGGAAGUACCAGUGCAAAAUGUGCCCUCAGAUCUUUGGGUCCAAGGCAGAUUUGCAGCUACACACUCAAAUCCACAUGCGUGAGGCCAAACCGUACAAGUGCUCUCAAUGCUCCAAGGCGUUCGCCAACUCCUCAUACCUGUCUCAGCAUACGCGUAUCCACCUGGGUAUCAAGCCAUAUCGAUGCGAGAUCUGCCAGAGGAAGUUCACUCAGCUGUCCCAUCUUCAACAACAUAUCCGGACACAUACGGGGGAUAAGCCUUACAAGUGUCGGGCUCCUGGCUGCAACAAGGCCUUCUCGCAACUGUCCAAUUUACAAUCUCACUCUCGUUGUCACCAGACAGAUAAACCUUACAAGUGCAACAGCUGCUACAAAUGUUUCGCUGAUGAAGCGGGUCUAUUGGAGCACAUCCCAAAGCACAAAGAGUCUAAACAUCUCAAAACACAUAUUUGUCAAUUUUGUGGGAAGUCAUAUACGCAGGAAACUUAUCUUGCCAAGCACAUGCAGAAGCAUGCUGACCGUCUUGAAAAACGUCCGUUGCCACCUUUAACCAACAAUAACAACCUCAAUAUACCUUCCAAUCAAUCACUUCGUGGGCCAGCGCCCACGGACAAUUAUUGGACAAAAACUGCCUCCUCGGUAUCUUCCGAAACUCAUCAUGGAAUGGGAGAUCCUUCUUCAAUGGGAUCACCCAUGUCUCCACCUUCUCAUCAUCUGCAUCCGCAUGUCUCAGAAACAUGUCUUCAGAAUAGCAUGAAUGACCAUCAUGCGAGACUCCAUAUGGAUCCUCGCCAUCAACAACAGCAACAACAACAACAGCAGCAGAUGGUGGCAAAUAGUGCCAAUCAUACAAACGGCAGGGACCACGAUUUAGGCUCGCAUUUAGGUCAAAACCAAUAUGAUACUUCAUCUAUGACUCAAGGUCAUCAUCCACCCACAAGUAAGAACACUUCAGCAUUCACUCCCAUUCAGUCGGGAAUGUUGCCUAUUUCUUCAGGACCUCAGCUGUCCAUGCCGUCAGCAACACGUACCUCAUAUUUCCCUUAUGAACCCAUUAAUUUUCCAAAGAGCACAAACCCAAUGGGAUCAAUGGAAGUUAAACAGAGCCAUAGUUCUUUCCCCAAUCAACUUAUUUCUCUUCAUCAAAUUCGGAACUAUGCAUCAAUGCCAACAAUGAGUGGAGGAGAGCAUCCAAUAACGAUGAAAGAUAAAAGUCAACAACAAUGAAAAACAUCAAUAGUUCGAGAGGACUGAAAUCUUCUUUCACGGGAAGAGCGUUCAAAGUUUGUCUUUUCUUAUUCGUAAAAUGUUGAAUCUGUGAAUUUGUUGUAUACCAUCCAAAUACUAAUUUACACCAAUAUCAGUGAACCUUUGAAAGCUCAAUUCCUCAUUUAAGUCUCGGACUGAUGGACUCUUACCUCAGAUUUCUUAAUUCCCGGUGAAUUUUUAGCGUUGUGUUUUACGACAAUUUUACAUUUUUAUGCGAUGUUUGCUGAAAGACGUCUCUAUGUAUAUCACUCACAUCAACGAGUCACAAGCUCUUGGAGAUAUAUAUAUAUAUUACAAACAUAAUUCAGGUUUAAUGAGUUUGAACGUGAUGUUAACUUUGCAUGCCAAGAAGCUUGAAUAUGAGGCAAAAGUUAGCCUUUCCACACUUCUUUUUACAUAAUUAACUUGAUCAGAUAUAAAAUGCUGACAUUUUAAAAUUUAAGUAUUGGCAACUGUUUCUUUCCCUCACUCUCUCCAUCUCGUGAUGAGAAAUCAUUUGAAAAAUUCAAAAUAUAUAUCAUUGCCAUCAAAACAAAAAUAUUUGUGAUUUCGCACCUGUGAUUCGGAGGGAAAGUCCAUCAGACUCAUAAUGGUGCCUUGAAUCUUAGAGAGUGCGUUCCAGUUUAGCCAAUACUUAAACAGUUUAUUCAUUUCAGUCAUUUUUAAAUUUGUAUCCGUUUAUACUGUUAGCAAGUUUCUUAUUAAGAGUAUUGUCUUUAAGUUUCACUAAAUUUGUUAUCCAAACUCUCUUAAAAGAAUAAGUGGGAAUGCUAAUUUUAAUGUCUCUUGCAAUAGUGAGAUCUGUGUAGGACAUUCUCUUUGUAUCCUGUCUUAUACCUCAUCAUAUAGACAUAGUAUUAUCAUUCAAAACUUAACAUUUUACUGUAAGUGCAUCAAUUCCAACAUGCAAAAAUAUUUUUCAUGGCUCAAAUGUUUUAAGUAAAGUGUGGUAUACAGUUUUCAUCAUGAUUCAGUGCUAAAUAAAUUAUUAAUAACAAGAGAAAUGCAACAGUUUGCACACGAGACAGUCUUUAACGAAAGAAAUCAUCAAAGUAAUAUCAUAAAAUAUAUGAAAAAAUAAGGUUGUUUAUUUCAAUGUUUCAGAAUAAAUCGCUGGAAAACAAUAAUUUUCUUACUCUGACUGUUUUAAAUACAUUCAUCAGUGAUUUCUUUCGUUCAGGCUGCUUAACAUCAGCUUCUUACGAUUUUUUCUCAGUGGUGCUUAUUCCAUCAAAUGUCAUCAGGGAUUUUUUUCAAAAUAUAAGCAAAUUGUGAGAAUGAUAAAGAAAAUCAAACUCAUUUCACGUGUUAAAUCACGUCUGUAUUCUUCGAUGUCCAAAUAACUAUAAUUUCUGGUAAUCCAAUCUACUAUUUGCUCACACAAAAAAAUACACUUUUAAAGACUUCAGAUGUUGUAGACUCGUUGAUUUUCAUUGCAACUAGUAGGUAAUAGAGCUAGUUUGGGAAAUUUUCUGAAUACCUCAAAUUUGUAUGUUUUUCAUCAGAAACAAAAUGUUGCUUCAUUUUGUUUCGUUCAUCAUCUGUAUAUUAUUCUAGUGUAUUAUCUAAAUCAAUUAAUCGUAAUCGUUUAUCUUUGAUGUUAAUUUUGUGAGUGUGGUGAAAUAUUGUUACUUGUUUAUUACAGAACUGUUACUCUUAAUCGUGUUUCUAUUGAGAUUUUUCAUAUUUCUACACGAGAGAAUGUUUCUUUUCACUUGUUUUUUUUAAGGCAUUUUUUUAUCUGUGUCUGACUGAGCAUUAAAUAUGUGGCAUUGGAUUCUUCUAUUUAUCUAAAUUAUGGCCAGUAUUAAGGAAGAUAAAAUCUGGUUCUCGUAGCAUAAAUAUAAUUUUGAUGGGCUAAACUUUACUUUAAAAUGUCACAAAUAAAGACGAACAAAGUUUUAACUUCCAGAAAAAAAAGAUAUAUAUGUAUAUAUAUAAAUAUCUAUACAUAUAUAAAUAAUAUAAAUAUAUAGCAUUCUCUGAUUGUGUACAAGCUAAUAUAAAAAUAUGGCACAUUGAAGAAUUAAGCCCCCAAUGCCUGUGUGUAUAUGUAUUUUGUGUGUGUAUGUAAUUAUCAGAGCUGUAAUAAUAAUUGUAAUGUGUUUCGUGUUUCCAGGUAAAACCAUUUUAGACAACAUAUGAUUUUUUUUUACCAUGUCAAUUCACAACAGUUCAAAUACCCAGUGUUUACAGUUUUAAAUGAGUUAUAUUUUUGAAAGAAAAUUGUUGACCAUAGACAAGAUUGAUACUGUGAUUUACGAUAUUUGAAAUACAAUUAAAAUGGCUCGUGUCAUUUUAAAUAUCAUAUUGUGCCCCCGAAUAUAUUUGAACUGUUCUCUUUUAAUUGAAACAACUUGUGAAUUGAUACAUUCACUUUUAAUGGAUCUGUUCAUCAUAUAUUUGAUAUCAUCAGAAAUGUUUGUGUUUGAAAUCUGUGUGACUUUUUUUUCGUAGAUAUAAAAACACUUUCUGAUACCAGAAACACUUUUAUUAAAGUGUCGUAUGCCCAAGGUGAUAUUUUAAAUAUAAACCCCUUAAUACAUUCCUGUAAAAAUAGAUUUUUUUGGAAUAUUUUCCUGUCCCUUAUUGCAGUGGGAAUUAUUAAGUUUUGAUUUUAGCCUUUAAAAGUCUGACGUGUUGUCUUUUUCACCCCCUUAUUUCCAUUUUUAUUUUAAAAGAAGUAAAUUCUCAGGAAUAUUAUUUCAGUAUAGAGGUUUUGUUUAAUAUCAUUAUAAAUAAGUAGUAAAUAUUAUCUCAAACAUACUACAGUGCCUUGCUUUUAAAAGUUAUCACUUUAAAGCCUAUUUUCUCAAUGCUUUUUAUUUCUUUAUAGCUAUUAGUGAAUUUCAAAUAAUUUCUUUUGAAGUCGUUUUGUUUAAUUGUUUAUAAAAGGCGUAGUCUUUUAAUUGAUCUCAUAAACAAAGGGAGUUAUAUGAAACAUCUCUUUUCAUAAACCUUUUGAAUAAUACUUGACUCAUUUAGGUUUUAUUGUGUCAUAUCAAUGGAUUUAGUGACUUUAUUAUUAUUUUUUUAUUUAUUAAAGAAGUUAGCUUUAUGAGGCUUUUAGAUUUAAGUUAAUUGUUUAUUAAAUGCUUGUUAACGAGAAAACUCAGUAAUUCUUGCAAAGAGGAAUAAAGCUUUAUUGCUAUUCAUUUAUGAGAAAUUAUGCUCAUAAAUUGUACGUGUAUUAUUUCUGAAAUUCAAAAUCUAUUAUUCUAAAUUGUACUGAUCUGUUUUAGUUGAAACAAAAAUUUCUUACUUUUCAUAUAUUUUAAUGCAAUUAAAAUCUCUCCCGUUAUAGUUUUAAUAUAAAUUAAAUAAUAUUUAAUAUAAAUAAUAAAAAUAAAUAAAUAUGUUCUGUUAAAUGAAUAUGAAUGUGAUAGCUUGUUUAAUUAUUCUUCAAUUGUUAGAUUUUAUUUCAAUAAACUAUCAGCUAAAAGGAAUUUCUAAAUUGGGAUAUUGGAAGUCAUUCUUUUAUAUUAGAUGCUAACGAGCAGAUAUCUAUUCAGCUAAGAUGUUAAGUCUUGUUAAACAAGUUUGACCUCUAAGCUAGGACUGUACUUAAGAUUCAAGUACUCCAUGCAUAUAUACCCUCAAAAACCCCAAUCCCUGUACUUGUAUCUACAGUGUCAAACACUGUCUAAACAGAAGAUGGAUUAGGUAUGGGCAUUUAAUGCCAAUUUCCCCCUUCCUUGUAUGAUUGAAUGACCAUUGAAUGACGUGAGUGAUUUGUACAUAGAAUUUUCGUUGAAGCGGGCUUUCAUCUGGAUUGGAUGUAUUAGAAGGAAUGCAAAAUUGUUUGUUUCCUUUUUAUAAUAAUUCCUUAAAAAUUUUAGUUAUGCCAAUUAGCUUCUAACAAAAUAUUCAAGCUGCCAUGUACCUCUCAAGGGAAACUCAUAAUCUGUUUACUCUUAAUAAAUUGCUUUUGAAUAAAAAAAAAAUUACUAUGUUAUUUAAGGUAUAAAAUAUUCAAUUAGCUAAACAAAUCUUUAAUACCUAUUUCGUAGCAUGAAAUAUUGCGAAUUGAAUAAAAGAGCUUGUUUUUUUUUUCUUCGAAUGGCGCUAUUUAACUCUUUUAAUCUGCAAUUCCCCUUCCGAUUAUCGAAUAAAAAGUUAAAGGUUCAUUAAAAAGUUUUAAUCCUCGAUUUCUUUGUUCGCGCUUUUAAACCUAAGAGCUUUUGAGAAUUUUGCAUCGGUAUUAAGUACUCUUAAUGCAAAGCUUCUCUAGUUCAUUCGACUUGUUCUGAGAGCAUUAAAAGUGAAGUUAAAAUUGCUUUUUGAGAGUAAGUUAUUUGCAGUUUAUUCAUUUUGGCCAAUUAGUUGUAGCUUAUCGUACCAUAGUUAGAUAAAAGUACCAUUAGAAUAAUUAGUACCUUCAAAGUUGAAGAAGGCUGGAUUUCAGAUAUUUUACAAAAUAAUAAGAUUUUGAGGAAAAAAUUUCCGCCUAAGAAGGAAAACUUUAAAAACAUUUUAAGGAAUAUUUAAUUCGAUCAUUUUUGUUACUGUUUAAACUUUGUAUAUCAUCUAUCAAAACGUUUUACCAUGCGUAAUAACAGGUUAUUGAGGGAAGGCGACUUGCAACUACAAACUUCAAAAUUACUGGGUACUGCCACCUUGUGACCAGAUAAAUUUUGAGAAUAACCCAUGCAUUUUGCAACUAUUUGGCCGCUUUAAAAGCAUUCCAGAAGCUUUCUUACAUCCCCAAAUGCGACUAUUAAUUUCUUCUACAUCACGAUCCAUCUCUCAUAAUUUUUUUUUUUCUCAAAUUCAUUCCGUUGCGUUCAAUCCAGCUCUUUUAAUGCCUUUCGAUAAAAAUGAGUGUUACUUGACACCGUUUUAAGCUAUAUCGCUAUUUUAUUUUAUCUAUGCAAAUUUUGGGGAGAGGUAAUAUAGUCAGCAGCACAAUUUUUUACUUGGAAGAAAAAAAACUUUUUGUUUCCCCACCUCUUCUGUUAGAUAUGUAAUUGAUGCGAAGAUGGGUUUGGUGUGAACAUAACCCCUGUUUAUAAAACAAGCGUUCAAAGAUUGUCUUAGAAGAAGUUUAGUACAGUGGUGGGUGUGCGAAACGAUUAAUGCUUAAGGAAAAUGUAUUUGCUAAACGUGUUAGCAACCAUCACGUUCAUAAUUACUAUGCGUGACGAAUAGUAAACUUAGCUAGCUAUUAUGAUAUAGGAUAUUAAACGAUCUUAAGAAACGUGAGGUUUAAGGUAGAGUGAAACAUUAACAUUACGUUUCUAAAAUAUAUCUCCCAAGAGAUAAUAAAGAGUAUCCCUUAAAAUUAAACUAGGAUAGAAGGGGCCACCCCCAAAGUGAGUCCUCAUAAAUUUUAAUUAAAAAAUAAAAUGAUUUUUGAAAAUGAAUUGUAGGCAAUGAAAAAAGAUGGCGUCGUUAAAGUGAUUUUAAUCAUCCUUUCCGUCUAGAAAUGAUUUUUCGUUAAGUAAUAUGAAAAGAAAAGGUGUUAUUAGAAAGCCUUCUUCAUUUUCUUUACUUUGAUACUUGAUCACAACUGGUUAGAUGAUAAGUGGUGUUCUCAUUUUAAAAGGCGCUGUUUCAAAAAGUAAACAAGUUUACCCUGGGAAAAAUCCAUUGUAAUGCAAAUUCCACGUUUUCAGACUUUGAGAGUCAUUAUCUGAAACAAAAGUAGAUUUUCUCUUCUCUUGUUACUGUGGCUUGCUUCUAAUUUCGUGUUAGUUAGGGACCGAACCAGAGAAGAUGUUCUUCAUAAAAGGACUUUUCUAUUUGGAGCAAAUCGAGAUGUACUAAGGGAUGCGCACAGUCUUUUGUCUUCGUCUUUUCGAAUGCAAAUCUUUUGAUUAAUCUUGUCUGUGCAACAGAUCACUUCGCUCAGACAACAAUUAAAUAAUUAACUGCUUGUAAGACAGAGGGACAUUGUUUCCGCCUUUAGGGAAAUAAUUUCUUUAGAAUGAGUUUUUAUAGUUUUCCCUCCAGAGAUUCUGCUAAAAAUCUGGCUUUUUCCACAUUUAUUUUGUAGUUAGAUUUUCUCAUUACUUUUCUUCUUUGUCUCAACUAAAACGAACGUUAAACUAACAAAUAGUUUUGAACUUUUCAAUUAUCUAACGUCAACUUAGGGUUUCAGUUUAAUUUUAAAGCAAAAUAAUUGUUUUACGCUGUUUAGGAUUUAUUUGAAAAUUUUUACUUUCAUGGAGUUAGAUUGGGAUUAUUUUUUUUUUCAUUCAGUGUUUUGAAAUUGAAAUUUAGUAUAUUUUACUUCUUAGUUCAACGAUAUUUUAAUGAAAUAAUAAAUGCAUAAAACUGGUUAAAAAGUACAAACGUCACCGAUAUCAGGUUUUGAAAUUUAAUCUUAAUCAAAUAUGCAUGGCAUUUAUAAACUUACGAAGUAACUCCACUACCCAGUUCUCAAUAACAACUAUAGUAACAUUAAGAUUCAUUUUGAAGUUCUGUUUCCCUGUUUACUUAGAGAGGUACAUGACAGUGAACUCUUUGUUAAAGCGGUACUAUGUCAAAGCUUUUAUUGACAAUAAAUAGCCACCUUAUAUGUGAAAAGCCAAAAGGGAACCUUCAAUCUUGCUAACUUGUUGGCGAAACUGAAGAGAUCAGUCAGAAAUGGUUUUUCAUUUUUGGAGCCAUAAAAACCUGCUUAUGUAUGUUUAAACGUUUAAAUACAAUAUUCGAAACAAGCAUAUUUUAGUAAAUCCUCUUUAAAAAAACACCAGACGUAAUAUAUGUAAAAAAAUAAAUAAAUAAGUAUUAAAAAUUAUAAGAUUAAUCACCAGAUUUUACCUCAAAACUUUUGAAUCUAGAAAAAAUCAUCUUCUCCCAAAUUUUAUCCAUGGCUUUUAAUUAUAUUUUUUUAAUAUUUUAAACAAAAUUUAUGUAAUUAUCACAAGUUUAAUAAAAUAAAAUAACAGAAUUUAAUUAAUAUUAACCAGAAAUAAAUUUUUUAAACACCUUAUUUUGUUAUGUUUGACCAUUUAAUAACCAUUGUAGAAAUUGACAAAAUUUCGAUUUACUGUUACUUUUAUUUUAAAUUGCAGUUAUUCAGAUAUUUCCUACAAUAUUAAAAUUUUUAGAGACGAUGACAAAAUAAAUAGUUUACUAAUAUUUUAUCCUCGAACAAUGGAGAAAUUCUAGGAUUCAAUAUGAAAAAAAAGUAUUAUGAAUUUUAAAAGAAAUAUUUCAUUGUAGAACUGUAAAACAUAAUAUAUAUGAAGAAAAAAAAAAGAAAUAACCUGCAUAAAACAGUUAAGACAUUUAAAAAUAUCAAAAUAAAUGUUGUUAGAAAAAAAGUAUAAUUUAAUGUUUUCCUCUAUUUAUUUCUCCCUGUAGUCUUAAAGAAUAAUAUUGUUAGACGUUUUCACACAUAUUUAAUAAUUAACUCGUGUUUUGUUUCCUCUUCGUUGGUAACCUUAAUUAUUAUUGCAGUAUAUGUUUGGUCUUUGUUGCACUUUUUAGACUUAAUUAAUGUUCUAAGGCAAAUAUGUUUGUGAUAUUCUAAAGCUUUGCCAUACUUCAAGUGUAAAAUGAGUUUAAUAUAUUUGUUAAUAUAUACAUAUAUAUAUUAAUUUAAUCAACAUGUAUGACAAAUCUUUGUUGAUAUAUUUAAAUAUAUUGAAUUAAACCAAAUAGAAUUCCCCGAAUCUGAUUUUGUAUUUUACAUUAAUAUUCUCUAUUUUACUUAUUGCAUCUUUUCAAUAAUCAAGUUGUUAAAUUUAUAAGUUUGAAAUAACGAUUUUUUUUUUUUUGUUUUAACUGUAUUUAUGUACAUGUACAUAUUUUUAUCCCCAGCUUUAAACCAAACUACCUAUUUUUUAUUUGCUCAAUGAUAUUUCUGUUUUUGUCUCCUGCAUUUUUGUACAUGUGAAUAUUCUACAACUAGUUUUUCUUUCGAUGUGAUUAUUAAUACACAUAUUAUUUGUACGCUGUCAUAUAAUAUAUUCGUACAUAAGUGCGCAUAUAUUAAAUUGACAUUUUUACGCAACUGCAUGUUUGUCUGCGUAAAUAAUGUAAUAUUUACUGUGUUUUAUUAAUUCUAGAAUUUUUACACUAAAUUAUUCGACCGUAAAUGUCCAAAUAGAAAACAAAAACAAUAUUUUAAAAACAAUUCCUUUAAGUUCGUGUGCUAUUUUCGGUAAGUAAUUUAUGAAUUAAACUCGUACAAACAACAUGGCAGGAAUUUGUGACAUGUAAAAAGUCCAGUUUGUUAAAACAUGUUAAUCAUCAGCUUUAAGUAGUUUUUGUCAUAGAUAUUUGCACUAGCAAUAAUGUUGAUAUUUUAUAUUAGUGUUUGUGAGUUUCAUUAUUGGAAGUUUUUGAAAGGAAAGCAAUUAAUAGGCAGAACAGGAAGAAACAUGUUUUGGGGACACUGUGAUAAUCAGCUUGUUAGUUUAGCUUAUCAUUUCGUCGUCUAUAUGAAAUGUUUCGAUUCAUACACGUGUGAACGGCGAACCAAAUCAUGUGAAAUGUGUUUUAUAAAUGUAUAAUAUUUUUUUUUUUGGUGAUGUGUACAUGUUAGUACGUUGUUGCUGCAUUUGCGCUGUUUUGCGUCAUAUUUCAAACAUUUUAUCUCCAUAAAUACUCAGCUUAUAUUCCCUUAUUACCCAUUAACGACUUAAUGUUUUUAAAAACAUAAUAACAGUAGAGGUAUUUCGCAAAACUUCCACGGAGUCUUUUAGAUUAUUUUUUUCUGAAAAUCAUAAAAAAUACAACUCAGGCAGAUCAACCUCAAUUGUAUAUGCAAUAAAUAAAGAAAAGUUUUUACAACAUCAAAACCUCAAUUAUCCUGUUGUAAGCAAUCAAUUUAUUUCCUGCAUCUGGCGACAAAUAGUUGUCGAAUCAACCUCAGUUUUAUUUGCCAUAAAUAAAAUAUUCAGAGAUGUAUUUUAAGAUGUAUCAUAACCUCAAGCAUCCGGGUGUUAACAGUCAUUUAAAUUCCAUACAUUUGGUGAAAAGGGCAGAUAAGGCAACCUCAAAUUUAUAUACAAUAAAUAAAAUAUUCAAGCAAAGUUCUUACAACAAUAGAACCUCAAGCAUCCUGUUGUUAGCAAUCAUUUUAUUUCCUACAUCUGGUGACAAAAUGUAGGAAUCACGGUAAAUUUCUCUCUUGUCAGGGAAGAUUGUGAUACAUAAUUAGUUUCAUUAAUAAUCCAUGUGAUAGACUUAAAAAUGAUGGAUACACCCUGCAAUAUAGUUCAUUUUUAUAAGAUUUUAGUAGUUUAUUACUUAUCCAAAUUUAUGUUGGCUGUGCUUCAGUCUAUUGAUUUGUUAUUACAGUCAAUACGAAGUCAAAUUAUAUUUAAAUGUUACUGUUAGAAUAAAUUAUAAUGUUAGAAACAUUUUGUUAGAAACCUUGUGAUUCAUAAUUUAAAAUGAUUCCAUAUUGAUUACUUCUAAAACUUUCUCAAUCGUGGCCAGUGCAAUCUGUUAGUCAAUCAGUUGAAGUAUAUUAUUCGUUAAAAUUAGCAACUUUUAACUAAGUAAUUUUCUGAUUUUUCUUUGAAAAUUUUAAUAUGCAGUGAUUGUUCUUGUAAACAUUUUACCGACGGAGAGAAAUUUUUAAACUUGUACAUAGCUAAAGAGUUUUAACCUGACUUCAUGUAUAGUUGAAAUUGUCCGUGAAAAGUUGGAAUGAUGUGAAAGUGUAUGGACAGAAAAUAUUUUAAAGUUGACAACCUGUUUAUUUGCUUUUUCCAUAAUUUUUAAGGGUCGAGAGAAAUUAUAACUUCUUACCUCAUUUCUGCCUUCUUGAAGUUAGAGAGAAAAAUGCAUUGUAUGCAAAAAGAAGUAGGAACAUUCUUCAUUUGUAUAGUUCUAUUUUUAAUUUAAGUUUGUAUGACAAAACGAAUGAUGUUCAGGGAAUACUUCAUUGCUCAAUUUAUUCAAAUAUAAUUUUUUUAGCUGCAAAGAAUUUUUAGAAAAUUUGUUUAUUUUUUAAGAUAAAACUAUUUUGACUAGGUGGCUUUAAGAUCUUUGAUGUCAAAGUAGUUUUCACGAUUAUGCAUUCCAUAUGGUACAUUUAAUCGUGGCAACGCUAAUGUCCACCUCCUUGAUCACCUCAAUUAGUACUUACGAGAAUUACCUCAUUUGAGCGGUGCCAUCGUGAAAAUGUCAGUACCUCUUUGAAUCUUGAACGUAUGUAACAACUGUGAUUGUCGAAUUGCGUAGGACCCUUUCUGCUGAGUAUUUAUGGAGGAUCAUCCGCAACAAUUUUUUUUUCUUUUCAAUUGCGCGAUCCAAACUGUGUUUAAAAGUAUUUAUCCAAAGCGCUGCGCUGGAUCAAUUAAUUUGAUCCAUAGAAACAAACAAAAUAAUGAGCUAUAGAGUGAAUUUAAAAAAAAAAUCCAUUUUGCUCAGCGAUGAUCGUGAUCUUAUUGUUCUUAAAUAUUUAAAAUUGAUGAAUGUAUCACAGAAAGAAAAAAAAAUAUAUCUAAAUGAAUUUUGACACGAGUAGUUAAGCGAUUUAAUUUUAUAAACUUGUACAUAGAUCAUACCCAUUGUAGUUUUGAACGUAGUACCCUUCUUUUGCCAUGUGUAACCGCAGAACCUCGAAGCUUGAAUUUUAUGACAUGAGAAGUUGUGAUGUAAAGGUCUAAAAGCAUUGAAGGUCUACUGCCAAAAAACCAUUAAUACGUAGAGUCCACAUCUUAUCAAUUAAGCACUUGUAUGUAUAUGUAAAUACUAUUAUUAUCAAACAAGUUGCAACUCACCAAUAUCUUUUCACUUAUAACCGGGACCUCAGGCUGGGUUGCGUUCUAAAUAAAUAGUCCAGGAACAUUAAUUUACUUGAUGUCUCUUUCCUAUUGUUAUAUCACGUAUUUUCAUAGCAUCAAUUGAUAAAGUUGCUGACAUUUAAUGCCAAACAAACCCCCAAACUCACGAGCUUCAAUUAAAGAUAAAGAUUUGUAGAUAUCUUUCAAUCUCUAAUAGUCUGUAAAAAAAAUCAACGGGAAAGAGACGUUAAGAGUUAAUUGAUAUUUAAGUAUUGAUUUGAUGGCUACAAAUUGAUGAUAUCAAUGUCAUCUCUUUUCAUAUAACUUUAAAGUUAACAGGGCUUAGUGAUGAGAUAUUGGAACAGCGAUCAAAUCAAUAUUUGCUUUUAAUUUGAUGCGUAUCAACGAAAUCAUCUACCAUGGUGAUAUUCAGGGAAAUGUUAUUCUUAAAAAUUGUACCUGGCAUUCACUUUAAAGUAAAAUAAAGAAAUUUAAUUAACCUCAGUUUAUCAUUGCCUCUUAUACAGCGCACAUAACAAAAUAAAACCUCAUAUGCCAUUUUUUUAAAAGAAAUAAAGCGUUUUAUGAAUCACAUAGCGAGUUGCAUAGAGUUUCCAUACAUCUUGCGCGAUCUUUAUCAUUUCCAAUUAUCGAUAUAUGGUGUUAUUUGGUGUCUUCAAUGUAAUGCGAAAUACUUUAAGUAUUUUCAAUAAUAUUAAUUUUAAGGCAUCGCUAAUAUAUUGACCCUUUAUCUCAUUCUUUGUUUUAAAACAUUAUUUCUUGUAUAUUUUGUCUUAAAUUUAUGUUACUGACAUUCUACAGAUUAUCACUUUAUUGUCCAUAUCUUUACAAUAUGUAUGUAGACGACUUGAAAUAAUUUGCAUAAUCAACUGUAUUAAUUCAUUACCUUUUUAUGAAUUCUUGUACGAAAGGAUAAAUUUCAGUUUUCUCUCAUUUCUGUAUAUCCAUAUACUUCUUUGUGAAUAACCUUUGUUUAUAAUAAAUAAUUGGUUUGUUGCAA